UGUGGGAAGACAGCGGAAGCGGCAGUCAUCAAGAUGAACACACGUCACCCUUUCGUUGCUGCGGUGUUUCUUUCCACUUUGAUUCUUGAUGUCGUAGUCGAAGUGUCAGCCUCGCCGCUGGGGGAGGCUGGCUCCUACUGCUGCACGCAACGGAAUCAUGACGCCUGGACAGAAAUCGCGACAGAGGUGGACGUGGUUGUGGUAGGCGGUGGCGUGGCUGGUCUCACCGCCAUCAACACUCUCCUUAAUCAUAACGUUACUGACGUGGUGCUUCUCGAGGCCCAGGACCGGCUUGGAGGAAGAGUCCGCACUUACAGACAAGAUGGGGUGGUGGUGGAGGACGGCGCCGAGUGGAUCCACGGAGACGAGAGGAACGCCUUACACCGUCUCGCCAGCAGCCUCCUCGAACUGGAUGAGAACCCACCGGCGGAUGACGACUGGGACUGGCACUGGGUGACGGAAGAGGGCCAGCCGGGAAGAGUCCUCGACUACGCAAAGCUCAUGAAACUGUUCGAAGAAACAGAACAGCCGGGAUUGCUGGAGCCUUACUACGACACAGGCUAUGGCUACUACUACCUCGACAGGUUCCCGGAAGUGUUCCCGCCCUCCACCCCGCACCAGGAGGGACUGCUGCAUUACCUUCACCAGAUAGUAAAUUCCGAUGAAGGAACAGGUUCCUGGUUGGAUAUGUCCGCAGAGGAUGCCGACCAGUACGAGCACCAGGGGGAGGACUUUCAGUGGAAGAACGGUUACGACACACUCAUCACGUACCUCAAGGAGACGAUACCGGAGACCGUCGUUCACCUCUCGACCCCGGUGACUCAGGUGGUGUGGGAUUGCCCUGAAUUCCCGUCGCAGGCGUUAGUGGUGACCCAGAACGGCAAGGCUUUCCGCGCCCGGUACAUCCUCGUCACCGUGCCCUCCGCCUACCUGCAAAAGAACCAUCUCACUAUGUUCCAGCCUCGUCUCCCCAGUGACUUCCUGCAUAACCUGGAGGGCGUGAGGCUCGGCGUGGCCAACAAGAUACAAGUAGGGUGGGCGGAGCCUUGGUGGGGCAAGGGACUCUACGCACUCGACAUCCUGUGGAGUCACUUCAACCUCCCGCCCCACAUGUGUUGGUUGUACAGCGUCGUGAGCGCGUUCAGCGUGCACCAACAGAAGGCAGUGGUGGAGCUGUUCGUCACGGGUAACAGCUCUCUCUACAUGGAGGAGCUACAGGAGGACGAGGUGAAGGACCAUGUAAUGCACCUUAUCAGGAAGGCUUCCGGUCAGGCCGUGCCGGAACCCACUUUCUUCAGGAGGACGAGAUGGAGCCGCGACCCAUGGACUCUGGGUUCGUACGCCACCUACAUCACCGUGGAGGGGCACGAAGCCGGGCUGCGCAACCACAGUCAGCUAGCCCAGCCCAUCAAGAACUCUGCAGGCCACACGGUGUUGCUUUGGGCUGGAGAGCAUACCCACAACACUCGUUACGGGACAGUGGACGGGGCCAUGGACACCGGAAAUGCGGAGGCCCUCAGGAUACUCGGCCUCCUCAAGCCAUCCUCGCCGUGAAGUGGAGGUCUUCAUCCACACCCUCCUCCUUUCAUCCUCUUCACCGUUAACCCCAUCAACCUUUCUCCUCCUGAUCUCCGACCUUUCUUUUGUCCUCGCCUAAUAUAUUCCUUUUUUUCUCUUUCCCCCUUUCAUCUCUCCCUUUCUUUUGUUCUCGCCUAAAACACUGAUUUA